AAGUACUGAUGCAUCAGAUGUCACAGUGGGAUAUUUAUACCGCGUAUGUACAACAUCAGCAACACAGCUGUGGAAAUGGCGACGUUCCCUUCUUUCAGGAAACUAUCUGCAGUUCUACUAGGAUUAACAAUUGGAUUAACUUUGGUGACCAUUUUUGUUGUGACCUUUACAACAGAUCAACAUGGCGUUCGUUUCGUCUCCUCUAUUGUGAACACUGUCAAUUCACGAGCUGUACAUCCACGAGAGGUACAAAAUCUAUCGAAUGACCUACACGAAGACGUUCAGAAGUCAUUGGGGCAAUACCUGUCUGGAAAUGUCAAAUUUGAGGACCUGCAUCUUCAUAAAGAUGAUGAUGCCAUAUCCAAGGCUCUGUAUCAAAAGGAGCGUGUACUCUGCUGGAUUAUGACGUCCCCUAAGAAUCUCGAUGUUAAAGCACGUGUAGUUCGCGACACAUGGAGCAGGCGCUGCAACAAAGUGCUCUUCAUGAGCUCUGUGACGGAUCCAAAGUUCCCUACAAUCGGAUUAAACGUGUCGGAAGGUCGGCAGCAUUUGACAGCCAAAACGAUGCAGGCUUUCCGUUACAUCUACGAAAACCACUUUGAUGAUGCUGAUUGGUUCAUGAAGGCUGACGAUGACACAUAUGUUAUUUUAGAAAACCUCCGGUACUUUCUGACGUCCGAAAACAAAUCCGAACCUGUAUUUUUUGGCCAUCUUUUUAAGGUGAUCGUUAAACAAGGGUACUACAGCGGCGGAGGGGGUUAUGUGCUGAGUAAGGAAGCGUUGAGGAGAUAUGGGGAGAAGGGUCGUGAUCCCAAAUUGUGCAGCCGUGAUGGUGGUUCAGAAGAUGUAGUAUUCGGCAAGUGCAUGGAGAACCUAGGGGUGAAGACAGUCAACUCUACAGACGCCAUGGGGGGGAGCAGGUUCCACUGUUUUAACCCCGAGGCACAUCUGUUUGGUGGCUUCCCGAUGUGGUAUUACAAAUACGAUGCAAAUGGUGCUAAGAAGGGCACAGAGAGCAUCUCCGACUACGCCAUAUCCUUCCACUACGUGUCCCCACAGAUGAUGCACGCUCUGGAGUUCUACAUCUAUCACUUACGACCGUAUGGCAUUGUGUCCGGAACCCAGAUGCUCAACAGACAAGUGGACGUGAAACCCGGAACUCAGGAGGUCAACAGACAAGUGGAUGUGAAACCCGGAACUCAGCAGGUAAACAGACAUGCGUAGUGGCACCCAGAACUCAGAAGGUCAAAAGACAAGUGGAUGUGAAACCCGGAACUCAGGAGGUCCACGUUACGUGACUGGUGUGAUUUGUUCGACAACAAAAUUCUUGAAACAAUAUUACAUUUGAUUAUAUAUGUAGCUGUGGUGAGGACACACUCUCCGAAAACAAUAGGGGAUUUUCGAAAAUAACAGAUGAUUACAAAAAUAC